UAAAAAUUAAAUUGCUGAUGAAGGUGCAUCAGGCUUAGGUUCUGCUUUAGCAAAUUGCAUUAAUCUCUCGAAUUUGACACUUAAACUUGUUGAAAAUUAAAUUGCUGAUGAAGGUGCAUCAGGCUUAGGCUCUGCUUUAGCAAAUUGCAUUAAUCUCUCGAAUUUGACACUUGACCUUCAUGGAAAUUAAAUUGGUCCAAUUGGUGCAUCAGGCUUAGGCUCUGCUUUAGCACAUUGCAUUAAUCUCUCAAAUUUGACACUUGAUCUUGG